UCUACUUGUUUUUAUUUAACUUUCGAUUUUUUUUUCUCUCUGUCAAAAGAUGAAUUUCGUUGUCGUUAGCAAAAAAAUAAUUUUUAUGGAAUUUCAAAACUUUUGAGACUCAUAAAUCUCUCCGGUUUGAAGCGAAGGAAUCUGAGAAUCUAACACCCAGAUUACGGUGCCGGUGAUCAAAUCAAGGCAUUGAUCUCCCCGGAAAUACAUUGAUUCCGAUUUGGAUCUAAGAUUCCUAUUUUUGUUGGGGACAUUGUGAGAGUAAGUGGCAAUAGAAAAUGUCUAAAGUUGUGUAUGAAGGAUGGAUGGUAAGGUAUGGAAGAAGAAAGAUCGGACGAUCGUAUAUUCAUAUGAGGUAUUUCGUGUUGGAGCCUCGUCUUUUGGCUUAUUACAAGAAGAAGCCUCAAGAUAAUCAGCUUCCUAUCAAGACGAUGGUUAUUGAUGGAAACUGUAGAGUUGAGGAUCGUGGCUUGAAGACACAUCAUGGACAUAUGGUUUAUGUGUUGUCUAUUUAUAACAAGAAAGAAAAGCACCACAGAAUCACGGUAUCUUGUGUUUUCUUUCUGAGAAUAGAUAGUAGUAGUUUUAUCUUGUUACUAUACAUUUUAAUGCUUCUUGUUAGUUUAUUUGGAGUAUGUUAUUGCUAGAUGGCAGCUUUCAACAUCCAGGAAGCUUUAAUGUGGAAGGAGAAAAUUGAGUGUGUCAUAGAUCAGCAUCAAGACUCCCUAGUUCCAAGUGGUCAGCAAUAUGUUUCUUUUGAAUAUAAACCUGGAAUGGACGCUGGAAGGACCGCUUCAUCUUCAGAUCAUGAAAGCCCGUUCAGUGCGCUGGAGGAUGAAAAUGACUCUCAGCGUGAUUUAUUAAGGAGGACAACUAUUGGAAAUGGCCCUCCAGAAUCUAUACUUGACUGGACUAAAGAGUUUGAUGCUGAGUUGUCAAACCAGAGUUCCAGCAACCAAGCGUUUUCGAGAAAACACUGGCGUCUCCUUCAGUGCCAAAAUGGUCUACGGAUUUUUGAAGAGCUACUUGAAGUUGAUUAUCUUCCAAGAAGCUGCAGCAGGGCUAUGAAGGCUGUUGGUGUUGUAGAGGCCACAUGUGAAGAGAUAUUCGAGCUUGUGAUGAGCAUGGAUGGCACUCGAUAUGAGUGGGACUGCAGUUUUCAUAAUGGAAGAUUAGUGGAAGAGGUCGAUGGUCACACAGCAAUACUCUAUCACAGACUUCUGCUCGACUGGUUUCCAAUGGUUGUAUGGCCUCGUGACCUCUGCUAUGUACGUUAUUGGCGACGUAAUGACGAUGGAAGUUAUGUGGUAUUGUUUCGUUCUAGGGAGCAUGAAAAUUGUGGUCCACAACCUGGAUUUGUGCGGGCUCAUCUUGAGAGUGGAGGAUUUAACAUCGCCCCACUAAAGCCCCGGAAUGGAAGGCCUAGGACACAAGUGCAACAUCUAAUACAAAUCGAUCUGAAAGGGUGGGGUUCAGGUUAUCUUCCAGCAUUUCAACAACAUUGUCUUCUUCAAAUGCUGAACAGUGUUUCUGGUUUGCGUGAGUGGUUCUCACAGACAGAUGAUAGAGGUCAACCGAUCAGGAUCCCUGUUAUGGUUAAUAUGGCAUCUUCUUCCUUAGCGUUGGGUAAAGGUGGAAAGCAUCACCAUAAGUCUUCCCUUUCUAUUGAUCAAACAAAUGGUGCCAGCAGAAACUCUGUGCUAAUGGAUGAAGACUCGGAUGACGAUGACGAGUUUCAGAUACCUGAUUCAGAACCAGAGCCUGAAACGAGUAAGCAGGAUCAGGAGACUGAUGCCAAGAAAACAGAGGAACCUGCUCUCAACAUUGAUCUGUCAUGUUUCUCGGGUAAUCUGCGACACGAUGAUAACGAAAAUGCCCGUAACUGCUGGAGGAUUUCUGAUGGGAACAACUUUAAAGUCCGUGGCAAGAGUUUCUGUGACGAUAAAAGGAAGAUUCCUGCUGGGAAGCAUCUAAUGGAUCUUGUCGCCGUCGAUUGGUUCAAAGACACUAAAAGAAUGGAUCAUGUGGUUAGACGCAAGGGCUGUGCUGCACAAGUUGCUGCAGAGAAAGGUCUUUUCUCAACGGUAGUAAAUGUUCAAGUUCCUGGAUCAACACACUAUAGUAUGGUAUUUUAUUUCGUGACUAAAGAACUUGUACCUGGAUCACUCUUCCAACGUUUUGUUGAUGGUGAUGACGAAUUUCGUAAUAGCAGGCUCAAGCUUAUACCUUUAGUCCCAAAGGGUUCAUGGAUAGUAAGGCAAAGCGUGGGAAGCACUCCGUGUCUCCUCGGGAAAGCAGUAGAUUGCAACUAUAUCCGUGGUCCAACAUACUUAGAAAUAGAUGUAGAUAUCGGCUCAUCCACAGUCGCAAAUGGAGUUCUUGGUCUUGUCAUCGGCGUAAUCACAUCUUUGGUUGUCGAAAUGGCUUUCCUUGUACAGGCGAAUACACCAGAAGAAUUGCCCGAGCGGCUUAUCGGGGCGGUGAGGGUUUCUCAUGUAGAGCUAUCAUCGGCUAUAGUUCCCAAUUUGGAUUCAGAUUAGUCCAUAAGCUCUCUCCUAACUCAAAAAAGCUUUACAUCAACUCCAUGUUUGGUCUCUCUAUUCUUUCUUUCGUUUUUAGAAUUAUUAUCAUUACCUUAUAGGGUCAUCUAAAACAAUUUUUGUAAAAUACAACACAUAUGCUAUUACCAAAUCAUUUUUCUAUUAUUUUUACUGAAUUUUGCUCAGAUUGCC